AUGGCUAGGCUUACUAGAAAGAAAACAAUUGAGAAAGAACUCAAUGGAUCGUCUAAAAUCACAAGAACUUUAUCAAUGGAAUCGAUUUCUUCGUUAUUUAAACGAAAUAAAAAAAGAAAGCAUAAUGAUGAUAAUGAUUCAAGCAUUAAUUCCAGUGAUAAUGAGAACAAUAACAUAACUGAUGAAGAUACACAUCACAUUGAAAGUAAACCAAAUCAUAAGAAAAGAAAAAUUAAAACAAAAGCAGAAGAGGAAUUUGAAGCCAAUGAAAAGAAAUUGGACGAAGAAUUGCCAAUUGAUUUGCGGAAAUUUAGACCAAGAGGGUUUAAAUUUAAUUUACCUCCUACGGAUCGACCAAUUAGGAUCUAUGCUGACGGUGUUUUUGAUUUGUUUCAUUUGGGUCAUAUGAAACAAUUGGAACAAGCUAAAAAAUCAUUUCCUAAUGUUGAAUUAGUUUGUGGUAUUCCUUCAGAUAUUGAAACCCAUAAGCGUAAGGGAUUGACGGUUUUAACUGAUGAACAACGGUGUGAAACCUUGAUGCAUUGUAAAUGGGUCGAUGAAGUUAUUCCUAAUGCCCCUUGGUGUGUUACCCCUGAGUUUUUGCAAGAACAUAAAAUUGAUUAUGUUGCACAUGACGAUUUGCCCUAUGCAAGUGGCGACAGUGAUGACAUCUAUAAACCCAUAAAAGAACAAGGGAAAUUCUUAACAACCCAGAGAACAGAGGGUAUUUCUACUUCAGAUAUAAUUACUAAGAUUAUUCGUGAUUACGAUAAGUAUUUGAUGAGAAACUUUUCUCGGGGUGCCACUAGAAAAGAAUUGAAUGUUAGUUGGUUAAAAAUGAAUGAACUAGAGUUCAAGAAACACAUCAAUGAUUUCAGAACUUAUUGGAUGAAGAAUAAAACCAACAUUAACAAUGUUUCACGUGACUUGUAUUUUGAGAUUAGAGAAUUUAUGAGAGGUAAAAAGUUUGAUUUUCAGAAAUUUAUUGACGAUGCUAAUAGUCAAAAUAGUAGUAACCAUGGUAGUGAUGAAGAGUCAACGAAUUCUUCCAAGGUGAGUUCCCCUUUGAGUGAUUUUGCCUCAAAAUAUAUUGGUAACAGAAAUAAAGAUUUGAACCGUAGAGGCAUUUUGAAUAAUUUUAAGGACUGGAUAAACCGUGACGAUCAUUCUGAACAAGACACUGAAGAAGAGAUCAAACCAAUUGUUAUCAAACCAAUCAGAAGAAGUCGUAGAUUAAGUGGUGGUAGUAACAGUAGUGCCCCUAGUACUCCGGUAAAGAGAACUGCUGCUAGUGUUUCAACUACUCCAAGAAAGAAGUCACCAUUGAAAAAAUCUUCCAGUGUUAAAAACACUCCAAAGACAAAAUAA